UAAACAACAUUGUUUCAACUUCUCCUUAAAUAAACAUUUGUCUUUAAUUCCUAAAGAGAUUUAUAACUUAUAAGCAAUGGCCUCCAUGUUCACAGCCACCCUUAGUCCAUCUCCUUUCUUGGGCCAAACCCGAGGAUCUAAUGCUAACCCGAUAACCGAUGUCGGAACCGCCAAAUUCACCAUGAGUAACGAUUUAUGGUAUGGUCCAGACCGAGUGAAGUACUUAGGACCUUUUUCAGCUCAAACACCAUCCUACCUAACCGGAGAGUUUCCCGGAGACUACGGAUGGGACACUGCAGGCUUGUCGGCUGAUCCUGAAGCUUUCUCAAAGAACAGGAGCCUCGAGGUUAUUCACGGAAGAUGGGCCAUGCUUGGAGCUUUCGGGUGCAUAACUCCGGAAGUUUUGGAGAAAUGGGUAAAAGUUGACUUCAAGGAGCCGGUUUGGUUCAAGGCUGGAUCUCAAAUAUUCUCAGAAGGUGGACUUGACUAUUUAGGCAAUCCAAACUUAGUCCAUGCACAAAGUAUCUUAGCAGUUCUCGGGUUUCAAGUUAUCUUGAUGGGCCUUGUUGAGGGUUUUCGUAUUAAUGGGCUUCCUGGGGUAGGAGAAGGAAAUGAUCUCUAUCCCGGAGGUCAAUACUUUGAUCCCCUUGGCCUGGCUGAUGAUCCGGUUACUUUCGCUGAAUUGAAAGUGAAGGAGAUAAAGAACGGGAGACUGGCUAUGUUUUCAAUGUUUGGAUUCUUUGUUCAGGCAAUUGUAACUGGAAAGGGUCCUCUCGAGAAUUUGUUGGACCAUCUUGAUAAUCCAGUUGCGAACAAUGCUUGGGUUUACGCCACCAAAUUUGCUCCUGGUUCAUAAGUAAUCUCUAUCUAUGUUGAAAGAAAUAUUGUAUAUAUAUAUGUUGCUAAUUCUGAUCUCACCCAGCUAAGUAAUAAUUCAGAAUUCAUUUACAGGGUGCUUGCUUUA